UGUAUUUUCUUUUCGUGACUGUGCGUGAACACCGCACCGGUCGUAACUGUUCCUAGUUUAAUUAAUUUUCGUUCAUGAAGUUUUAGUAGUAACUAAUUUUCCAUCUAAAGUUUGUUCAAUUUUUACCAUCUUUGCAAGUUUAUUCAGUCCGUAAACAAUUUCAGGAUGGCGAACGUUUCGUAUCAAAUAGCAAACCUGCUGGAAAAGAUGACAUCCAGCGACAAGGAUUUCCGUUUUAUGGCUACGAAUGAUUUAAUGUCAGAACUUCAAAAGGAUAACAUUAAACUUGAUGAUGACUCGGAGAGGAAGGUCGUGAAAAUGCUUUUACGAUUGUUAGAAGAUAAGAAUGGAGAAGUCCAGAAUUUAGCUGUCAAGUGUCUCGGUCCACUCGUAAACAAGGUGAAGGAAUAUCAAGUCGAGACCAUAGUUGAUGCCCUUUGUACAAAUAUGGUAUCAGAAAAGGAGCAAUUACGGGAUAUAUCAAGCAUUGGACUGAAGACAGUAAUAAGCGAAUUACCUCUGGCCUCCUCUUCGCUCGCAGCCAAUGUCUGCAAAAGAAUCACAGGUCGUCUCAGCAGCGCAAUUGAAAAGCAAGAAGAUGUGUCCGUCCAACUAGAAGCGUUAGAUAUUCUUGCUGAUUUGCUCUCUCGUUUCGGAGGGUUGCUCAUCUCUUUUCAUGCAACUAUUCUGAUGGCUCUGCUACCGCAACUUGCGUCACCACGACAGGCUGUUCGUAAGCGUACUAUUGUUGCUCUCAGCCACUUGGUCAUGUCCUGUAAUCCUCAGCUGUACAAUAAGUUAAUUGAUACUCUUCUCGAAGGCUUAUCAAAUAAUGCAAACACAUCCACUACUCGCACUUUCAUCCAGUGCAUCGCAGCCAUUUGUCGACAAGCAGGACAUCGCUUUGGUGAGCAUAUUGAACGAGUCAUGCCUCUUGUUGUACAGUACAGUCGAGAAGAAGACGAUGAAUUAAGGGAAUUUUGCUUGCAAGCUUUUGAAGCAUUUGUGCAACGCUGUCCAAAAGAAAUAACCCCUCAUAUCAACACUAUAAUUGAACUGUGUUUGCUCCACAUUACGUAUGAUCCAAACUACAAUUAUGAAGAAGAAGAUAACAAUACAAUGGAAAUGGAGGAUGAUGGCAUGAUGGGUGAUGAUUCUGAUGUCAAUGAUGAAUACUCUGAUGAUGAUGAUAUGAGCUGGAAAGUUCGUCGUUCGGCUGCUAAAUGUCUGGAGGCAACCAUUGCAACUCGCCGUGAACUUGUCGCAGAAAUGUAUAAAACAGUGUCUCCCGCAUUAAUAGCUCGUUUCAAAGAAAGAGAAGAAAAUGUGAAAAGUGAUAUUUUUCAUGCUUUCAUGGCUUUACUGAGGCAAACAAAACCUACAACUGUCAAUUUAGAUCCUAACAUCAUGGAACAAGAAGACACUCCUGUAUGUCUUCUUCAAGCUCAGAUUCCAGCUAUAGUCAAAGCUGUAUACGCGCAAAUGAGAGAACGGAGUAUUAAAACAAGACAAGAUUGUUUCUCACUCCUAAAAGAAAUUGUAAAUGUUCUACCUGGUGCUCUAACUAAUCAUAUACCUACUCUUAUCCCUGGAAUUCAGUAUUCUCUUGGUGACAAAAACUCCAGCAGCAACAUGAAAAUAGACACUCUCUCAUUUAUUUACUGUCUGCUAACAACCCAUCCACCAACAGUUUUUCACAGUCACAUGGAAGUACUAGUCCCACCUGUUAUUGCAGCAGUUGGAGAUAGUUUUUACAAGAUCACAGCUGAAGCACUCUUAGUACUCCAACAAUUAGUCAAAGUCAUUCGACCUCUCGAUUGUCCCAGUAAUUUUGAUUUCGCUCCUUUCACAAUUGAACUUUACAAUUGCACACUAUUUCGCCUGAAAGCAGCCGACAUUGAUCAGGAGGUGAAAGAACGAGCUAUCUCGUGCAUGGGUCAAAUUAUUUGUAAUCUGGGAGAUUAUCUUCAGGGUGAGCUACCAAUUUGUCUCCCGAUAUUUCUUGAUAGACUUCGGAAUGAAAUUACCCGAUUGACAACUGUCAAAGCUUUGACCAAAAUCGCAAGCUCCCCUCUACGAAUAGAUUUGAGGCCUCUUUUGGGUGAAGGUAUUCCUAUCCUAGGUUCGUUUCUGCGUAAAAAUCAAAGGGCACUAAAAUUGAGCACUUUAACCCUCUUAGAUACUCUUUUGAACAAUUACAGUACAGCCAUGAAUGUCAAUCUUCUUCAAAAGGUGAUGGUUGAACUGCCCCCUCUCAUCAGUGAUCAAGAUUUGCACAUAGCUCAGUUAACUCUGAUUCUUCUCACCACAACUGCCAAAGUUCAGCCAUCAGCACUUCAGCAACCAAUAUCAGCCUUACUACCUGAAAUACUAACGCUUGCCAAGUCACCUCUGUUACAAGGAGCUGCUCUUACUUCAAUGUUGGAGCUCUUCCAAGCUUUUGUCAGCACUGGGAUAACUGGUUUAGGAUACAAUGAUCUUCUGAAAAUGUUGAUAUCCCCAAUCCAGCAAGCUAAUGGUGGAGGCACUACAACGCCUACUUCUUCUUUACAUAAACAGGCAUUCCACUCUUUAGCAAAGUGUGUCGCGGCUAUCACUAUAACACAGCAGUCUGAAGCUCUCAAUAUUGUUGAUAAAUUUCUCAAAGACAUACAGUAUCCUAGAAAUGAUUCUCAGCAUAUUUUUGCUCUGUUAGUCAUCGGAGAAAUCGGUAAACACAUAGAUUUGAGCAGUGUUGCUGAGUUGAAACAGAUAAUUCUUCAGUCAUUCUCACCUCCGUCAGAGGAAGUUAAAUCAGCAGCCAGUUACGCUUUAGGAAGUAUAGCAGUUGGUAACCUUCAGCAGUACUUACCAUUUGUUUUGGAAGAAAUUGAAAACCAACCGAAACGACAAUACCUUCUUUUACACUCAUUGAAAGAGAUUAUCAGCUGCCAAUCCAGUUCACAAAUUGGAAUUCUAGCUCUGCAACAAUUUGUUCCCGCCAUCUGGAACCAAUUGUUCCUCCACUGUGAAUGUGCUGAAGAAGGCACUCGAAAUGUUGUUGCUGAAUGCUUGGGAAAACUAACACUAAUUGAUCCUGAAAGUCUACUUUCGCGAUUGCAAGAGUCCCUCCAGUCUCCCUCUGCAUUGAUGAGGACAACUGUUCUUACUGCAGUCAAAUUCACUAUUUCAGAUCAGCCACAGCCCAUUGAUUCUCUACUGAAGCAGUCCAUCGGACAGUUCUUAAACGCUUUACAAGAUCCUGAUUUGAAUGUGCGUCGGGUGGCUUUAGUUGCCUUCAAUUCAGCUGCUCAUAAUAAACCAUCCUUAAUCUGUGACCUUCUAGAUUCAGUUUUACCUCAAUUGUACGCUGAAACAAAUAUUAAGAAAGAACUCAUCCGAGAGGUCGAGAUGGGACCAUUCAAACACACAGUCGAUGAUGGAUUGGAUAUCAGGAAAGCAGCAUUUGAAUGUAUGUACACCUUGUUAGUAUCGUGUUUGGACAGACUAGACAUUUUCCAGUUUCUAAAUCAUUUGGAACAUGGACUAAAAGAUCAUUACGACAUUAAGAUGCUUACUUAUCUGAUGGUUGCCAGGCUAGCCCACUUAGCUCCCACAGCUGUCCUGCAACGAUUAGAUAAAAUUGUUGAACCAUUGAAGUAUACUUGCACAUCCAAAGUCAAAGCAAACUCAGUGAAGCAAGAAUAUGAAAAGCAAGAUGAACUAAAAAGAUCGGCAAUGCGCGCCAUUUCAGCUCUCCUUACCAUACCAGAUGCUGACAAGAAUCCAGUUCUGAAUGAUUUCGUUUCACAAAUCAAAAGCACUCCAGAAUUACAAGUCAUUUUUGAAUCGAUCCAGAAAGAUACAAACCUAUUGAAUCAAGACUCAACUAUUAUGAUGGACAUGAGUUGAAUUGGCUCACUGAGCAGGCCUCAGAUAUUGUGUCAGUCGAAGUAAUUUUUGUCAUUGCAGCAAGCUCUGAAUUCUGUAAGAAUUUGAUUUUUCAUCAUGAGAAUAUAUAAUAAGUGUUCUUCCCUGUGAGUUUCAUGUCCUGAAGAAGAUUUUGCAAGUCUCUCAACCUAUUUUUUCAUUUUCUUAUUUUUGCUUGUUUGUUCAAUUAUUCAUGUCUAUUUUAAAUUAAUUUUCCCCCUUCAUUUUUGUAAUAAUUUUUUGUACAUAAUCUUUAAUGAAUAUAACUUAAUUAUGUAGUA